CCUGCCAGGCUGAUCGAUACACCGGCAAUUAGUCGGGACCCAAUUAGUUCCCAUUAAUCAGUGAGUGAGGCAGAGUGCUGCUGCUGUUCUCUCCUCCGACAACAACAGCUGGGAUGCGUGAGUAGAAAGCCCGCCAGAGACUCUCUCACACACACAGCACCCAGAGGUGUCUCCAAACAUGGACACGAUAGGGGUGUCAUUCCUGGACCCUUUAGAGGACUACCAGUUAAUCCACCGAAUUGGGUGCGGCACCUAUGGAGAUGUGUUCAAGGCUCGUAGCAUCAAGACAUCUGAACUGGCAGCUAUCAAGAUAGUGAAGCUCGACCCUGGUGAUGACAUCACGUCCAUCCAGCAGGAGAUCACGAUGAUGAAGGAGUGCAAGCACAAAAACAUUGUGGCCUACUUCGGCAGCUACCACAGAAACACCAAGCUGUGGAUCUGCAUGGAGUUCUGCGGUGGAGGGUCACUUCAGGAUAUUUACCAUGUGACGGGCCCAUUAAAGGAGAAACAGAUAGCGUACGUGUGCAGAGAAACCCUCCAGGGUUUGUAUCACCUGCACGAAACAGGAAAAAUGCACAGAGACAUAAAGGGAGCCAACAUCCUUCUGACAGAACGAGGAGACGUCAAACUGGCUGAUUUUGGAGUGGCAGCAGAGAUCAGUCUCUCUGUGGCCAAAAGGAAGUCUUUCAUAGGAACUCCUUACUGGAUGGCUCCAGAGGUGGCAGCAGUGGAGAAGAAGGGCGGCUACAACCACCUGUGUGAUAUCUGGGCUGUGGGCAUCACUGCCAUCGAGCUGGCUGAGCUCCAACCGCCCAUGUUUGACCUCCACCCAAUGAGAGCGUUGAUGUUGAUGUCCAAGAGCAACUUCCAGCCUCCAAGACUAAAGGAUAAAAGCAAGUGGACUACAGGUUUCCAAAGCUUUGUGAAGAUGGCUCUCAUCAAAAACCCUCGUAAAAGGCCGUCAGCUGAGACACUGCUGCAGCAUCCGUUUGUGACACAGCUGUUGACCCGUAACCUGGUCAUUGAGCUGCUGGACAUGGCCAACAACCCUGAGCUCCAUAACUCACACACACACAGCAUGGAUGACAAUGAGCUGGAGGUUGGGGAAGCGGCUCCAGACAAGAUUCAAUCGGCAGGGAAACACCUGCCUGUGGAGAGAACCCUGUCUGAAGAACAAUUUGAUCAGGUGAAGUUUGGGCCACCACUGAGGAAAGUCACAGAGCCUUAUCCUGAUGUGGGCUCUUAUGAUGAUGACUGGAGUCUGUCUGGAGAUGAAGACAACUCACCGAGCCUGUUGGAAUGUGUGGAGCAAGCUCUGCAGCUGAGGAGUUUAACCAUCAAGAGGGCGCCAUCUACUGAUGGAGGUAGGAAAAGUGGUUUAUUCAGUUCGUCUACAGCCUCCCUGCCAGCCUUCAGGUGUUUAACUCCCAACACAGAGGACAAAGACCUGACACUGAGACCGAGCUGUACACUGGGCCCUGACACCGCCAUUACUGCUGACUCCACCUCCAAUACAGCAGGUUUGGCCAGGUGCUCAGCCACACAGGACAUUAGACAGCGCUGCAGUGAUCCAUGUCUACCUGUGGGGGACGCUGUAACACCAGAGAAGAGGAAGGUUACGAGUGUUUCCUCUCCAAAAAGAGAGACACCACUAUCACCUGAAUGGAGCACAUUGAGAAAAAAGACAGAGGACGCUAGGGCUGAUUGUCAUGGACUGCCUCCUACCCCUCAAGUCCAUAUGGGAGCCUGCUUCUCCAAAGUCUUCAAUGGCUGUCCCCUUAAAAUCCACUGUGCUGUUACCUGGAUUUUUCCCAAGACAAGAGACCAGUACCUUAUUCUGGGAGCAGAGGAGGGCAUCUACACACUCAACCUUAAUGAACUUCAUGAGGAUACACUAGAGAAGUUGAUCCCUCAGCGAUGUACAUGGCUGUAUGUAAUGAACAACGUGCUGAUGUCUGUUUCAGGGAAGUCGUCCCAGCUUUACUCCCACAGUCUGACGGCUCUGUUUGAACAGAAGGUUCAGAAAGAAAAUGUGCAGAAGAAACACAGCAGUCUGUCACUCACCACCAGCCGCUUCACUGAGAGGAUCAGCCACAGAAAGUAUGCAGUAUCUGUGAAGAUUCCUGACACUAAAGGCUGUAGGAGAUGUAGUGUAGCAAGAAACCCAUACACAGACAGUACAUUUCUGUGUGGGGCGGUUCCAUCUGGCCUGGUUCUACUAUUGUGGUAUGAGCCUCUGCAGAAGUUCAUGCAUCUAAAGCACAUACCGCUGAAGCUACCGGACUCCCUGCCGAUAUUUGAGCUGCUGGUGUUGGUGACGGAUGAGUUUCCUCAGCUGUGUGUUGGGGUGAAAGACUGUUGUAAUGGAAAACCUUCAAGCAGCCAGCAACUUAAGUUUGACAUUAUAGAGCUGAACGGCACACCUAUUUCAGUACCAGAAAGUGGAGCACUCAAGGCAGUACAGGUAACCCAGCUGGACAGAGACACUGUUCUCAUCGCAUUAGAACAAACCGUUAAGAUUGUGAACCUACAAGGGCUCCCAUCCAAAGAGCUGGCUGCAGAGAUGGACUUUGAUUUCCCCGUUGAAACUCUAGUUUGCUUACAGGAUAGUGUGCUGGCUUUCUGGAAGCAUGGCCUUAAAGGGAAGAACUUUCAUUCCAAUGAGGUAACACAAGAAAUCACAGAUGAGAGUCGAGUGUUUAAAGUUUUGGGAACAAACAGGGACAUCAUCCUUCAGAGCACACCGACAGUUGACCCCUCCGCACUGAGCAACGUCUACAUUCUGACUGGACAUGAAAGCAGCUAUUGAGAGAAAUGGCUCAGCUUCUAGUGUGUGUUGGGGGGGUGUUGCAGAUCUUCAAAAUCCCACCGGAGGCAAUUUCACAUUGGUUCUAUAACGCUGUGGUGGAAAUGAGCAAAGCUGUAGCCGACACCAGCACCAACUGCCACCAGUAACUCCCUCCAACUAUAUGCUGUGAAUAAUAAAUGCCAGUAUAGGAUUCAGUUGCCCGCCACUAUAUUCAAUAGACCCUUUUGACUUGUCAAGUAAGGAAAAGCCCAGGUGUAAAUAAUAACACUAAUAAUAAUGAUGGUUCCAUUCCAUGAAGUGUCCCAGUAAGCCAUGUCAGUAGCAGAGCUGGAACUGGCUCACCUAAAUGCAAUGCAGCCAUUGUUAAUGUUAUUCAUUUCAUCCGUGUGUUUCCUCCUUUGACUAGUCCAAAGCUUUGCUGUGAAAAGGCUCUAUAGAGGCAAAGCAUGAACAAGAAAGGUUUGAUAAAGGCUUAGUGAGUUUCUAAUUCUUGGGUGUGUUAGUUAAAGCUGCAAUAAUUUUCAUGUAAAAACAACUAAUGUUACCAGUCUAAAUCAGCGUGACUGCAACAGAUAAGACAGUUCCCUUAAUGCUGACUGCAAUGACACAGAUGUACCCUCAUUGGCCAGAUUAGAUUGUGCUGUCACUAUGGAUCAUUGACUGUAGAAAGACUUUAAAGAGUAAAGGUCUCAGUAUGCUUCAAGUGAACUUGUAAGACAUGUUGUCCAACUACUUCUAAAGGCCAAACUGUUGAACCUUUUCUGGAUGGCCAUCGUCUCUCCUUUUAAAGGCAUUCAAGGUGUAUCGCUCACAGUUGAAAAGUGACACAAGUAGUUUAAUGGUGAAUGAAAGAAGAGAGUUUUAGAGAGACGUUCAAACCCUGUCCAUUUUCUAACCUUUGCACACCUGGACUGUCGUUGUGUCUGAAAAAACUUACUAAACCUGUUGACCUCUGCUGUCCAUCAGUUUGACCGUCAGAAAGAAGAAUUCAGACACACUCAGAUGAUCUGACAAAGACUUUGUUUGAAGCACACUGACACCUUUAGUCCCCAAACUAAAUGCAGAAAAGCGAUAGUAGA